AUGGGGGUUUUUUGUUUCAGCAAUACGUAUGCGACCAGUACGUUCGGAUGGAAGCGAACAACUUGGUGUACGUCGAAAAACAUCAAACUCAGCUCUUCACGAACGCCUAUCAAGGCGCUUAUGCACCACAUUAAUCAGAACCACGACUUAAAUGCGCCGGACUUCGAGGCCUCCGGUCAUAGGGUAACUUUGCUUUCAACCUUCGCGGGGAAUCCCCGUUAUAUAAAACAGUGCUAUCACGACGCGAUUGCCAUAGUGCGUAAGUACGAUAAACCCGACCUGUCUAUCACGUUUCGUGUAAUUCUAGGUGUCGGAAAUCCAACAAAACCUCACCCGCUGUAGGACGGCGAACGACCAACCGGAUUUGAUGGGAAGAGUUUUCCACGCUAAACUCGCAGAGCUAAAGCGAGACAUAACAAAUAAUGAGAUAUUCGGUAAUAUAAACGUGUAUGUUUACACCAUUGAGUUUCAGAAAUGCGGACUACCGUACACACAAAUCUUGAUCCUCCUGCUGGAAGACUACAAGUUUCAAACGGCGGACGACAUCAGCAACGUUAUUCGCACCUAUCUGCCGCAUCCUGAAACCGAGAGGCAGUUACACGCGGCCGUGUCGUCACACAUGAUUCACGAGCCGUGUGGACCAUUGAAUCUCAACAACGUAUAA